AUGACCAGCGCCUCCUCUUCCUUCGCUUUUGACGAUAAGCGCCCUAUCUCCAUGAGUUUCCGUCACAGCCAGUCUGGGGGACCGUCAUCGCCCCAUACGCCCCAACACCACCUCCGCUCCAACAAUUCCUCCUUUGCAAGCAGUUCGUCUGCGAGCACGUCGUUUCGCGGGGAGGAAGAUGCGAUCAUAUUCGAGUUUGGUUCCAGAUGGCUUCGGGCUGGAUUUGAGGGCGAGAGCUCCCCGAUGUGCGUUGUUGGAUGUGGCCCAGAAGAGUCCAGGAGGGUCGGCGACUACAGAGGCUGGCUGAGAAACAGCCAUGGCACAGAGCCGCCAUCAGUGAAGGCAGAGGAAUGGACUGGCGCAUACGAACUCUGGAAGAUGAACGUUCGCGACAUGGAAUUGGGUCUCAUUGAAGACAAGAUCGAGCGCAUGUUCCGAGAGACCUACAACAAGUACCUAUUGACAGACGCGGGGACAUCGCGACUGGUCCUAGUGCUACCAUCAAUCAUGCCACAUCCGCUGUUGUCUUCACUUCUGUCGACUCUUUUCAGCCGCUGGCGGUUUCCGAGUAUCACCCUCCUGACCACCGCACCUAUGGCCGUGAUCGCAGCUGGGAUGCGCUCAGCUUUGGUGGUGGACAUUGGAUGGUCAGAAACGGUCGUGACCGGGGUCUACGAAUACAGGGAGAUAUCGUUGAAACGCAGUACGAGGGCAAUGAAGUUGCUGCUGCAGGACACAGGGCGACUGCUUACGCGGCUUUCCAACAACAGCGCAGCCUCGCAACCAGGCGACGAAAUUGCCGUCAAUUUUGAUCUUUGCGAAGAAGUUGCCAGUCGCUUCUUAUGGUGUCAGCCCACAGUGUCUCCCAAAGGCUCAUUGGGUCCAUCGCAGCAGCAAGUAGCAGAGCCUCAAGAGAGCGAUGUCGACACGGCAAACCAGGGCCUUGCUUCGGUCUCCGAUGAAAUAGUGUCGCUACCUUCCCCGUCGGCCCCUGGUACGGCCUACAUCGACAUCCCAUACUCGAAACUCACAGAACCGGUGGAAGGAGUUCUUUUCGCAAAAGGUGUACCAGACUGUGAGCUGGACGACGAGGAAAAGCCACUGCCGCUCCUGGUGUACAACACCCUCCUAAGUUUACCGCCCGAUGUCCGCGGCACGUGUAUGUCGCGCAUCAUCUUCAUUGGUGGAGGUUCGAAUAUCCCAGGGAUCCGACAGCGCAUUCUCAACGAGGUGGCGUUCCUAGUCCAGCAGCAUGGCUGGUCACCUGUCCGUGGAAAGGUUAUCGAACAACAACGACAGAGGCUCCAGACCCUGCGACUUUCGCAAGCACCUCCUCCCGCUGACUUGACACCCGAGGUCUCGCCCGAUUCUCCGAAAUCCCCCACGGAAACAUCUACCUCAGAAACACAAGACGAAGAGGAAAUCGACCCUAUUGAGCAGAAGAUCCGUCGUAACAACAAAGACAAGGACACCGUACCACCCGUCCAGGGCGUCUUCCGGGAAGUCGAAUCCCUGGGUUCCUGGGCCGGAGCCAGUCUGCUCACCAGUCUCAAAACCCGAGGAUUAGUCGAGAUUGAGCGAGAGAAGUACCUACAGCACGGUCUGGCGGGUGCUAGCCGAGAUUUGGAGACUCAUGGCCAUGCUCCUGAUAGACGAUCCGGGCUACGCACCGGAGGCGACCGGUCUAGCUGGACUUUAGCCGGCUGGGGAUGA